AUGCAGGUUACAUGGAAACCCAGCAAUCACCUGGAAGUGAAACUGCCCAAGUUCAAGGAUGCUGGAUGGUAUCAGUGCCAGCUCACAGUCAGCCAUGGCCAUGUGGAGAAGGCCAUCCACCUAGUGGUGGUGACAGGUUUUGCUGGCCCAGCCUCUCCUGUAGUCUAUGCUGCAGUAGGAUCUGCCACCAACCUUCCCUGCUUCCUGAACCGAGAUGCCAGUGCCUCCGGCAUUCUAGGGGUGUCAGCCUACUGGAGCUGUCUUGCAGGAGGGGAUCUGGAAAUAUGGGGCAUCUUCAGGAAUGGGAGCAAUGGGAGCUUCACCUUCCAUCUCCCUGAGGUGGGGCCAGGGGAUGCAGGGCAAUACUGCUGUGCUGUCUCUAUCCAUGGCACGAACAUCACUAGGGACGUGACAUUGGCAGUGAUGACAGUCACCCCAAGCAUCAAAGGGCCAGUCGCUGAAGGCUGUCGUCUGCUGCUUAUCUGCAGCCUCACCCACCGGGGGCACGAACACUUUCAGUCGAGGCAGCUGAACUCAGGCCUCAGCAAUGGGAGCUCAUCUGAGGCCACUCCUAGGAGACCAGGGGUCCAGCACUACUAUCUGGGUUCCACUCUGGAACUUGUGUCGCAGGAGGAUAUUGGCACCUGGGAGUGCAGUGUCCAUAGCUCAGAAGGGAGGCUGGGAGCUGUGGAAUAUGAGCUGUAUAUUACAGGUGCCCAGCUCUCUGGUCCUCGUCCCAUUCUGGAUGGGCAGAUCUCUUUUGGCCUUAUCCUUGUCCUCUUCCUCCUGCUUGUGGCCUCCAUCCUGGCUUUGGUCCUGCAGAACCGAAGGAUGUUCUCCCCAGCCUUCCCGGCACUGGAGUGGGUGGUUACCACCCCCACACCAGGGAAUGCAGGGAAGGAUGAAGGCCAGGAAGGGAAGAGCCUGCAGACAGAGUGCUGAUGGAAGAGAAGGCACAAAGGUCAAUUGGAAUGGCAAGCACUUCAAUGGGAAA